UCUUUGCGUUUGGACGCGGUGUCUGUGUGUGUCUCUGUCUUGCUUUUGACUUAGCGGUUGUGUGUUUGGAAUAUUUGAAUAAUUCUUCUUCUUACCUAAACUAUACGCAUUUUACAACAGCAAGAGCAACGCACAAACAACGCGUGUAUUAUUUAAUUAGCAAGCAAAAACACUGCGGAUCGCGAGUGCGUCGCUGCCAAAGCACAAAAAAAAAAUAAAAAAAACAACAAUCGAUAGUCAAAUCUGUGUUGUUAUUGUUGUGUCAUCGAAACGAGUGCAAUUGAUUGAUAUUGAAUUUGAAGCUAAAGAAAAAAAUGUGUCAGUGCAAAUAUUGAGUGAGCCAAAAAUAGCCAAAGAGCAGCUCAAGAAGGCUGAAAAUAAAAACGCUUCACACAACAAAACCUUUUCUCAUCAUCAUCUCUCGGCGUCUGUCUACAAAACCACAAAAUCGCUUAAAAGAUCGUCUGUGCGUGCGUCGUGUUUUAAUCGUGUCCGUCCCACAGUCUUCGUCUCUCUGUCUGCGCGUCGUUCGAUCUCUGCUUGCGUCGUCGUCGCCGUCAACGUCUGCGUCAGCGUCUCUUAUAAGCCGCACUAAAGCCAAGAAGAAGAGCUGAUCCCCGGUCUCGAUCUCUCGAUCGCGGUCUCAAUCCCAAUCCCAGUUCUCGGCUGUUUCCUUUCGUGCACUGCUCCUCGCUUUGUUUCGGACACGUACUUCGUAAUCUUCUCUCUCUUUAAUCAACCUGCCUGCUGAUCCACGCGAUAUUAUAAACAGAGAUACAGAUACGGAUGCAGAUACAGAUACAAACCAUUUAAGGAAACGUGUGUGAAAGAGAGAGGGGAAUAAUACUUGAGCAGUAGCUCCUGCUUUCUCAGUCUCUGCUCCCGAUCAAGAUUAUGCGCCUAAUUUGAAGUUGUAAUUAAUUUGGAUACCCUAAUAAAAAAGAGCAUAACGACAAAGAACCAAAGCCCCAAAAGCGAACACGCGAGAAAUCAAAAACAAAGGGGAAAGAUACAAAACUUCAACAUCAACUUCUUCUUCCCUCGACGCUGUUGACGGGGCGUGACACGCCUCUUUUUUAUUGCCCCACCGAUGAAUGCACAAUAUGGAACUGGCCAUUUGUAAGACUGAAUUGUCUGCCACCAAAUUUAUGCUGCCCCCCGCGCUGCCAACUGUCGCAGCAAUUGCAACAACAACGGCUACGGCAAGUGCAACACACUCUUUCCUCGAUCGGGCGGUGCAAAUCAACGAGCUCUUCAACUUCAACCCGCCACAACAUCCAUUCAAGAGCAACUACAACAGCAGCAGCAACAUCACCAGCAACAGCAGCAACAACAACAACAGCAGCAGCAACAUGCGGAUGAAAAAGAAUCGCAAAGUCACAUUUCUAUCCAGUUUAGUUGAGUCUACAAAUAAAUACAUUAAAGAGGAGCCUAUCAAUGGAGGCAAGGAUCUGCCCGUGUGCAGUUUAUCGGAUAUUUCAGAUCACGAGGGCUCGCUGGAUGUGCCCACAGCAUUGCCACCGCUUACGCCAGGCACCAAUCGCAAGGUGAACGAGGUCUUGAAGGCCUCCUUUGCCUCCUGGGAGAAGGAGGUGCAGAACUGCAAUAUAACCAAAGAUCCCCGCGAGUGGACAGAGGAACAUGUCAUCUAUUGGCUCAACUGGGCCAAGAAUGAGUUCUCGCUGAUCACCAUGGACCUGGGUCCCUUCUGCAAGAUGACGGGCCGUGAAAUGGUCGAGCUGGGCAAGGAGAAGUUCCUCGCCAUCACGCCGCCCUUCACAGGCGAUAUUCUGUGGGAGCACUUGGACAUACUACAGAAAGAGUGCGAGAAACCAAAUGAGGAUAUUGUGCAUGGGAAUUCCUUUGAAUCGGCCACCACCGCCUCGGUCUGUGGAUCAGACCAUCAGGUGGCCAAUUACGCCACAACAACAACAACAGCAGCAACGCCAGCCACGACGCCCACGUCCAACAAUAACAACAACAAUAACGAAAGUAUUGCGAGUCGCCUGGCCAUGGAUUAUGUGACAUCGACAACGUCGAGCAGUGAUAAGAGCAACAGCUUCCAUCCCUCAGCGCACACAGGCUACAGCAGCAACAACAACAACAGCAAUGCCCACGAUCGCACCAACAACAGCCCGCCACCGCAGCAAUCGCAACAGCAGCUUGUCAAUAGCAAUAGCAACAACAACAACAACAACAAUGCCAGCAACAGCAGCAACAACAUGUUGCCGCCAGGCGUGCAGCAGCAGCAGCAGAAUGUUGCUGAUAACAACAACAGCAGCAGCAGCAGCACUGGCAGCAGCAACAACGCCAACAGCAGCAACCAGAGCAAUGCGGGCACCAACAACAACAACAACAAUAAUAACAACAACAACAAUAACAACAACAACAACAUCAACUACAUGACAGCAAUGGCUGCAGCACUCUACCAACAUCACCAGCUCAAAGAGGAGCCCGGCACCGGAGGACAGUCAAGUAACAACAACAAUGGCUACGUCUCGAAUGCCCAGAACGAUCCCACAGAUCUCAGCAGCUACGGGCUGCCCGCACAUCUGGCAGCAGCGGCAGCCGGACACUAUCCGGGAGCGGGCGGAGGCAGCGCAGCUGGCGGCAACAGCGGAGGUGGCGGCGCAGCUGGCGGCGAUGAUAGCGACUAUCACAGCACGAUUUCGGCGCAGGAGCAUCAGAGUCAGACCUCGAGUGUGGGCAAUGGCAGCGGCAGCGGCGCCAACAGCAACAAUGGCUACGGCAUGGAUGGGAGUCCGGACUUUUACAAUUCCUACGGACGUCCGCGCUUCCACGAUGCCUUCGGCAAUUCCGACUUUACGCCCUAUGAAGCACAGUUCCAGACGAUGAGCGCCCAGCCCAACAUGGAUCAGUGGGGCGCCCAUGCGCACCAGCAUCCGGCUGCCUACAUGACCACCUUGGGGCUGGACAAGUCGCUGCUGGGCGGCUACUCGACGCAGGGAGGUGUGCCCUGCUUCACUGGCUCGGGACCGAUUCAGUUGUGGCAAUUCCUGCUCGAGCUGCUGCUCGACAAGACGUGUCAAAGCUUCAUCUCGUGGACGGGCGAUGGCUGGGAGUUCAAGCUAACAGAUCCCGAUGAGGUGGCACGUCGCUGGGGCAUUCGCAAGAACAAGCCGAAGAUGAACUACGAGAAGCUGAGCCGCGGUCUGCGUUAUUACUACGACAAAAACAUCAUCCACAAGACAGCUGGCAAACGCUAUGUCUAUCGAUUCGUCUGUGAUCUGCAGAAUCUGGUCGGUCACACGCCAGAGGAGCUGGUGGCCAAGUUCGAUCUGAAGAUCGAGAAGAAGGAUGUCGACUAGCAGACGCGCAGCACUGAAGCUGCGUGAGGAAUUCAUCUGAUCUGAUCUGAUCUGAGAUAGCGAUCUAAAGGCCACAACACAACACAACACAACACAAUGAAAGUUAUAUAGUACUCAACAGCGAAAGAAAGAGAGUUAAUUUUUGAGAGUUAUUGUUUCCCAAGCGUGAUGUUAAAUUUUAAGCAGCAGCGAUACCUGCGAUCUUGCUACGAGAUUAAUGUGUUAGAGCGUCGUAAUAACAUUGUAAUUAUUAUUAUUAUUAAUAUUAAUUUUAAUGCUACUGUUAAUUGAUAAUCGUAUUGUGUGUAUCGUGUAAAAAUUAGACUUUUGAAUUAAUUUGAAAUUAAUUGAAAAUACGCUAGCAUAAGUACAGAUUUUAGUCUUUAGCAAACGAUUUUCAACAGUUUAACAAUUCAAGAAGCAAACCAGUUUAAAUUCUAUAUCGCAAUCGCAAGUUUAUGACGAUUGUCGAGGCAAAGCAGAGCGUAUUCAAUUUUGAAAUUUUUUGUGCAAUGCGAUUGUUUGUGUCGAAUGAAAGUUCUACUACAUACGAGUAAAUGCUAUCCAAUUGUAUCCAUCGUAAAAGAGGCCAUAAGAGAACCGAGUGCAUGUCCCCAAAAAGUGAUAUUAAAACGCUACCAUGUUUAUUACAUUUGCAAAACGGGGUCGCUUUUUUUCUACAUCUAGUUCUAAACAAAUUCACAAACCAUUAAAUUGUACGUUGUGCGUGUGUAAAUAGAGAGUAUGUUAAAAUAAUCAUAAUCAUAAUUAUAGUUACUAUAAAUACAAACAACAAAUAAUAUUAGCUCUGUAAGUCUAUCAUAUUUAUGUGUAACCUGUGCUACAACGCUACAACUAAGUUAUCCCCCCUUUUUCCCCCACUCAAUUUGCUGCGCUUCCGUGCGAAACCCAAGAGUUUUAAACCACACACACAGAGAUAUAUCCCCAAGAUAUAUACAUAUAUAUAUAUAUACAAUAUAUCGACAACGUAGGUCUGCAGUAUGCCCAAUAUUUAAUGCAUACUCUUAGUUAUUUUUUAAUCAUUGGCUGCUUAGAGUUUUCCAUGCGUUAAGAAUUGACCAUUCAUACUUAUGUUUACAUUUUGUGUAUAGCUAUAAACUAUUUAAGCAUAGCUCGUAGCCCGUAGCCACGUAUUAUGUAGAGCAAUUUGAAAAUACUGUAUUUAUACAAUAAUAAAAAACAUUCAAAAACAUUAUAUAAUCAA